GCAUCACUCAUUCCUAUGAAUAUACCUAGGCAGAAUUCGUGCGAAGAAGAAUGGAGAGUCAGUGAAUAUAAACAUUGUGUCCGGCUGCAUUCCGCGCUAUAAUGGCAACCCUGAGGUACUCUAAAUUUACCUCCAUGUCUAAACUUUGACAAUGGUCUUAGACGACACCGCCACCGAAGCCCUGCAACUGCUGUACACAAAACGACAUCAUAACAUUUCGAUUUUCGAAACUUGCCAACACGUGCAGGUAUAUAGUCUUCCGCAUCCGCCAAGCGUUUCCGAUCGAUACCACACAACGGGUUGCCAAAUAAAAACUCGAUUUCUGCACUAUCAGUACCAUUAUCGCUUGAAGAUCCCAGCCGCGUAACAUCGUCCCGGAGACGUUGAUAUUUCUCGCCUAAAGUCUCACCACAUCUUUAUAUGUUAGUCAUUUCUUUCGUCAACAAGAUUUAUAGAAAAUAACUGUCAAAUUUGUGUUUUAUUAUCAUAUAUUGCCUAAUGGGGACCAACGUGAGCAAAGACGAAGCUGAUCAUGGAAAAGUCGAGGAAACCAAACUUAGAGGGCGCUACACAAGUCACAUGAAAGGAUUCGUUAAUAAAGGUGGUUCAAAGCAUCCAUGUGACCUCACAGUCACCAUUGAGACGGAUGACGUUAUCCACAUGAUAGAGAAGUCUUACCGUCAUGAGGCACAGAUCAGUGGUGAACUCAACUGUCCAGUACUGUCCAAGGACCCGGUUCCGUUCUCCGGAGGCAAGUUUUACGUUCAAAGCUCAAACGAAACCAAUCUGGAAUUCAAAAGUAUGAUUUACGAGACGCUAUUACCUUUCGGAGAUAAGGAUUACUUCUUCAAAGGAAUGAGAGUAGUCCACGAGGACACGUUCGUCGGGAAUGAUGCAACAGAUGACUCCGCACUGGGCAUUGUCAUCAAGAAAGGGCCAACCUUCAAGGCAGAGACAUUUACCUCAGGUCAAGUUUCGGCCAAACUGGUGGAUAUCGCAAAUGAGCUCUCAAAUAUCGAAAUUUCAGGACCUGGGGAUAAUGAGAAACUGGAGGUAGAAUGGAAAGCGAAACUUGGAUUCUUUCUUGGCGGUAUUCUGGUCGAUACUAGUAAUAUGUUCUCUCCUAAUCAGUUCUGCCCGUCAUCAUCGGCUCGGGAAAGGCGCCCGCUCAAUCUGAAAGGCAUCAAGCCUGUUGUGUACCAUCUGACGGCCAAAGAUGGUGUGCCUCUGGUAAUGACUCGUUACAAUUGUGGCAACAAGGGACCGAUCCUGUUCCUUCACGGACUCUGUGUUACAAGCAGAAUAUUCUCUUUAGAUACCAUAGACAAGAGCGUCGUAGAGUUCUUCUGCGAGCAUGGGUUUGACAUGUGGGUCUUGGAACUUAGGUUCUCAGUUGCCCUUCCUUCACAUAGGAAACCUACGCAAAUGCACGACUCCGCAGAGAGAGAUCUUCCACCUGCUAUAGACUUCAUUCUAAAAGAAACCGCGUCGCUUGACCUUCAGGUAUAUGCGCAUUGCAUCGGGUCUCUCACCAUGCACAUUGCCUUGUUUGGUCGGCAUAUUGACAGGAGGAAGAUCAGGUGCUUUGUAGCCUCUCAGUCCGGAUUCUGCAUGAUAUCGUCGGCAAUGAACCAUGCUAAAGCCAAUACCAGACUUGACAGUAUCGCUGUUGCGUUUGGCUUUUCAGGACUCAAUGCAUAUACGGACAAGAACGACCACGUGCGUGAGAAGGUAAUGUCGGCGGUUGCCAAUGCUCUUGCGCGAUCGACACUCGACGAAAAGAAUCAGUGUAGUAAUAUCGUGUGCCACCGGAUAACCUCAAUGUUCGGCCUGAUGUGGGAACAUCGGAACCUGAAUGAAAAGACACACGAUACCUUGACCGAGUGGUUCGGUUUCGGACACGCUGAAUACUACCACCAUCUCGCGGUCACAUUCCGGAAGGGCAGAUUAACCGACUUCAGGGGCAAGGAUAUCUACUUACCGGAUUUCAACUCAAAAAAUCGUCUCCAAUCGCCACUGUAUCGCAAGGCAAUGAAGAACAUGGACAUUCCGGUGUUAUAUUAUGUCGGAUCGUUGAACAGAGGUUGGGAUAUCGAAGCCACUCGUCAGAGUUAUGUCAGAUGCAAGGAAGCGAACCCUGAUCAGCAUUAUGAAUGGUUUCAGAUUCCGGAGUAUGGGCACCUGGACUGCAUCAUGGGGAAGAAUGCCUCAAAGGACGUCUAUCCACGGAUCCUACCCUUCCUUGACAAGUAUGCCGUGGCAAAUUGUGUGUGGCAAGGAGGUGACGAUGGUGGUCGUUAAGAUUGAAACUCUGCAGAUAUAGAGCUCUGCAAAUAUGAGAUCAUCUUCAACGAAUGUAAAAGACUUUUGAUCCGGAACAUUUCAUCGGUGUAGGUGAAAGACAUUUAUGCUAUAUAUGCGUUUUGGAAACUUAAGAUUUUCCUUUGUUAAUCGCUUGAGUUUGAUCUUCAUAAAACACCAUCUACCAAUAAGUUUCAGUCCGCGCGUUCCAUUUCAACCCUUGCCUGAGGACAGUUUUUUCUUGCCAAUAAUACACACGAAAUACGGAAGAGUUACGACAAAUUCUAUUCUGAAUUUUGUACUACCAAGUCCUACUAUGGUUUAUUACAGUACCGUCUUUCCAUUUCCCAAGAUUCCAUGGAAUAUUGAAUUCUAUGACAUCAAGCAGUGUUUUCUGUUAAACUGAUACGCAUGAUAUUACCAGGGUUUCGAUAUUUUAAAGUCCCUGUCUACCCUACUAUUGCAUGUUAUAGGUGAUAUUUCAACGUGUUUUUUUUAGUUAUUUCUGAUGUUUUAAUCGCUACUGUACACAAUGGUGCAUGAUAAAAAAAAACUAUUGUCAAUAUCAUAUCCUUGCUGUGUGUAAAACUUUUAUAUGAUGUUCGAAAGCAAUAACUUGCUAUUGAUAAAUUUGCCAUAACCUUUGCACAAAUAUCUUGAGAGAUGAAGAUGAAAAUUCUCACCAUGACACGUAAUGUAUAUUUUCUAAUGUUCAAAAGCGCUGACUCCAUACAGAGGUAGCGUUCAUAAUAUUUCUGGCAGAAAAUGUGAAUGCUGCGCGAAGUUUUCACACGAUCAGAUGAUCAUGAUGAUUAUGGAGCAUUAUGUGGAGCGUUGUGGCCCAGUGGAUUAGUCUUCGGACUUUGAAACAGAG